GUUGCUCGGGCUCACAAGGACGAAUGAUGUCACGCGUUGUGUGACAGUCGCGUGACAAACGUAUGCACCGACGAGCGCUUCAGAACUAGUAUCAGCACAUCUUCAUGUCCGAAUCAUCCUCCCCUCCUCAAAGGCAACCUGAAGAUGGUCAUACGUUCGCCCGAGUAAUACAGUUCAUGAUCAAUAAAGCUGCCAGUGGGUCAAUCAAGGAGCUCGAUGGACUAUGCAGCAUUGCACAGCAUUGGAAACCAGAACAACUUGUCAUGCUACUCCCAGUCUUCUAUUACCACCUUGAUCCAGCUCGCAUCCCCGAUGUGGUCACUUCGAGGGACGUGAGGAGCAUCAUGCUCGCAAGAUACUCCCUUAAAGGAGUGCUAGUCACGCUGAACCGCCUCGAUUCCCCAAAGGAAUUGACGCAGGCACUACAGACCAUUGCUGACCACCUUGUAUCCAAUUGGCAUCCCUGUCAUCUCUGGGUCAAUUUCUUUUAUCGUAACUUCUUCGCCUCCAGCAACCCCACUCGCCUGCCGGGUCUUCUCAUAACUAGAUCAGAAGCGCUAAAGCUAGUUGUUAACAUGCUGAUGCGCAUGGGGUUAAUCGGCGACUCGAAAACACCACAGUCAUUGAUCAACACACCAUCUCUACACCCCGUUAUCUCGCAGUUGUGGUGUAUGGCUGUCACCUCAAAGGACAACGACUUUCUCGCCGAGGCUGACAAGGUAAUGGGCAGCAAGGAACAGGGGGCAUUCCAGGAACACAUGUCAUACGUGGUGCAGACAUGCCUGGAUGUCGACCAUCCUUCUUUUACGUCCACCCUUAUUCAUGUCGCUGGAGGCAUUAAAGCCACGGCUUCUAUUGCCUCCAAAUAUAUCAGAAAUAUCCGAUGUCUGUACAGGAAGAAGGUUCUUUCUGGACAAAGCAUCGACGAUACCACUCCAUGCGAUUCUGUUUUCGGGUUGCCUCGUUGGCAAAUAAUGCUCAUAAAUUGCUUCGGGAAUUGUGCAACCCUACUAUUCGUUACCAGCCAACAGAACUGCGCCUUGCGGGAGGCCUACAUCGAUCGCAACCUCGUGGCCCUCAUUACCUACACCCUUCGUGAUCUAUGUCAACUCUCUUUAACCCUGAAGCACGAUGACUUCGCCAAACAUGUCAAGAAGGCAUUUGAGGAUGCUUUAGGUUACAUUGCGUUACUCAUGGGAGGUCCUGUGGAUGAUCUUGUGGCCGUUAUAUGUCAGGCCCUUCGGGCGCGUUUCCUCCCUACCGUCCUUCAGGCUCAUACCUGCAUUCCUGGCGCGGAUGCGGCGGAAUGCCUUAAUGCAUUGUUAAUUACUGCUCUUCGCUCAUACCUCACGUUCGACAAGGUCUUGCGGAUCGCUGGGAGCGAGCUUGAAGCUGAUGAGAAAUCGCUAGAUGCGAUUGCUCAGAGCGACACAGACCUACUACAAGCCUGGAACCUGUUCAAGAAAGACGUUCGACGUUACUUGGACCUUAGAAGCCAGAUACCCGCGGCGUCGAUCUUCUUCGAUCGUCAGUGUGCUGCUGUGCAUAACAGUGAUGAAUGGCAUCCGCAGUGGGAUCUAUUCCAGUGUGCCAGGUGCACGGUUGCGAGGUAUUGUUCUAGACAAUGCCAGAACAUAGAUUGGGAUCAGGGCCAUCGAAUGGCAUGCAAGUACCUCAAAGCUGCCAUUGGUCCAAAUGCCUCACGAUAUGUCAGGAGAAGCCUAUUUCUUUUGGCCAAGAUUGAAGAUGCUGAAAUUCAAUCCCAUCAAGAGUUCAUAUCUCAGCUGUCGGUGACCGCUCAGGCAGAGCACCCAGAAUUCCAAGAUUGUCUUGUUCUCGAGAUCGAUCCUGUUGCAGAGGGCCCUGCAGAUAAAUUCAAAUUCAAGCCGGUGUCCAACUAUCUUCAUAUCUUCCCGGAGGCAUCGGAACGUCCAUGGCAAGCCGCAGGCAAGUGGCGCCAAUCUGCAGGACUGCAUAGCCUUCGCCUGCCGCCUGUGAUGCGUAUUCACGAGGGAUAUGAGAUAACGGAUAAACCUAAUUUGCUCUUCAGCCCAUCGACGGCCCUCAGGAUGGCGUUUAAAGAGCACGGAUUAGAUGCUCGUGUCAAUGACGGCGCCUCGAGUGUUUAUUAUACCGGGAGUUCCUUGUGAUUGUGAUUGUACUGCGCUUCGUCUGCUGCCGUGCUGUUGUAAUAGUUUUGCCUCCGAUUUCCGUCUGCUGUGCCUGCUCGCUAUCUCGAGACCCAAUGUUAUGAUGCUGUCUUUUGUUUUACCAUUGAUUGUAUACCAAAUUGCGCCGUAGAUAGCCUAUGGUACUUAUGAAACGUCUUUUUUUAUCACAA